UUUCGCUUUCGCACUAGUACCACUACACCAAAGAACCCCCCGAGACACCCCAGACUUUGCCUCACUACACAUCACUACAUUUCGUUAAUACGGUAGCCUUCUGCAAGCCAGUUCAUUCUGCCUAGCACGUACCAAUAUGCGCAAAUUUACGCCCAAACUUGUUCCCAGAAGGCGCGGAGGAGACACUGAGAGACUUCAAGAGGAACAGAAAAUUAAAAAUGAAUUUUUGGAGGAUGUGAAGCCCACUUGGCGUCAAAGACGCCCAAAACACGAAUUGCCUUUGACGGCUUCUGGUCCUUUCGCUAUGGGACCAGCAGCAGCACCAGCUGCCCGAGGACCUGCUGUUGGUGGAAUUGCUCAGUCUGGAUGGCAGGCUUCUGCUGAGGACGAUGCUUUGGCAAAACUCAUUUCAAGUAAAAAAGGCUCCUCAGAGGAUAAGGAUGAGGAGAACUGUGUCAAUCUUGAGAAACUGAAGGAGUUGACGGAUGACGCCGAGCUCUUAGGUGCUACAACAUCAGCAAACUUUAUGGUUCCGGUUGUUUCUGAUCGUGUCGUUAUCGAAGUCGACGAUACAGAAAAGAACAAGACCGAGGAAGUUUCGGAGGAGGCACAGAUGAAAAGUUUGGAAAAGGUUGAGGAAGAACGGAUAUUCCUCGAUCUCCAAACAUUGGCGCAGGAUUUUAAAAUAGACGGUCAAGAGACCGGUGAAACAGAAGAGGGACACGCUUUGCUGUUACAGUUUCCCGACAUCUUGCCUGAAUUUGAAGGGGGGGCUGAUCUUAAUCCUGCUUGGCCUGGUGAGCAACUCAGCGAUGACAUGGAGUCUGAUAUUCCUUUGUCGAAACAGUCAAAGAACAAAACCUCAGACGGUUUAGAUGCCCUGCCUGACAUACCUUCUUGUCCCCCUGCUGGUCAGGUGGGCACCAUGUAUGUCCACGAGUCAGGAAAAACAGUACUGGAGAUUGCAGGCACACGCUUGUUGGUUCAACCUGGUUCUGAGUGUGCUUUUCUCCAAGAGCUCAUGGCCAUUAAUCCAGAAUCAAAGCGUGUCUGGAACUUGGGCACUAUUCGUAAACGACUUUUAGUGAGUCCGGAUUUUUAGGCAGCUUGUUCACAUAAUCUAUGGGCGGAAUAGCGAAUAAAACUAUCUUCAAAAAAAAUUAUUAGCGUUAGUAAGUACCAUUAUUACUACUAUUCUCUUGUUCCGUCCGUUACUUCCUAGAUCUAUUGAUCAUUUCCGUUCAUUAUUAAGCCCUUCAU